CGGCGGCCCCUCCAUGGCGGCGCGUCGUCCGGCGCCGCUGUCGCUGCCCGGCUGCCCGUACUCGGUGCGGGUGCUGCAGGAGGGCUACUGCCGGGCGCAGGCGGACGGCUCCACGCUGGCGGACGGGACGGUGUCGCUGGUGCUGGGCCCCCGCCUGACGCUGGUGGACACGGGCGGGCCCUGGGCGCGGGAGCGGCUGCUGGCGGGGCUGGCGGGGCGCGGGGUGUCCCCGGGGGACGUGGCGCACGUGGUCUGCACCCACGGCCACUCGGACCACGCGGGCAACCUCAACCUCUUCCCGCGGGCCGAGCUGAUCGUGGGCGCGGACGUCUGCCGGCCGGGGGGCCGCUACCUGCCGACGGGGCUGCGCCAGGGCGUCCCCUACCCGAUCCACGCGGGGCACCUGGAGGUGCUGUUCACCCCCGGCCACACGGGCAGCGACGUCAGCCUGCUGGUGCGGGGCACCUCCCUGGGCAGCGUGGUGGUGGCCGGAGACCUUUUCGAGCACCAGGACGACGAGGCCGAGUGGGCGGCCCUGAGCGAAGAUCCCGCGCGGCAGGCCGAGAGCCGGGCCCGCGUCCUGGCCAUCGCCGACGUCAUCGUGCCCGGCCACGGGCCCCCCUUCCAGGUGUUGCGGGAGGGAGCCGGCGGCAGUGCGAGCUGAUGGCGGCGCUCAAUGAAGGGUUGAAUGGAGGCGAGCGGUGGAUCUUUCCUGGCUACGUGGCUGGUCCCCUGGGGGAGCCUUCCCGCCUGGGGGCCUUCAUCCAGCCCAAAAGACUUCCAUCAGGACGGGCGCUGAACCUUUUCUGGGGCUUUUCAGGCUCACGUUCCCUAGCAGGAACCAAUAAAGCUUGACUGGUAGCCCAGUCCAGGGGGAAUGAAGUUGUCUGCUGGCUCCUUGAAAUGAUGGUCGGGUCCAAAAUGACAAGGUACGAGUAGCUAAAUAAAGAGUUGCAGCUUC